GAUCAGUGCACACGCGUUCUAGAAUGGUACAGUACCGCUAACUGUCAUGUUAAUACGCAAAAGACAAUGAUGUGCAAAGAUUUGUCAAAUGGAGAUAAAGGCUAGAUUGCGGAUCGCUUUCCGCAAUGAUUGACAUUUAAUCAACAUGCCCAGUAAGCUCUUUCCAAAACGAUCUUUUUUUUUACAUCAACAUUCCCGGUAUUUUCCCAGAUUUUCUCCAUGGUUUCCCCCGAGCUUUCGUAUAUUUGCUUGAUCUCCUCAAUUUACAUGACUCGAGCGAACCCUGAUAUUAAAAUAUACAUGACGAUACAUAUAUGAAAGAACCCCUCCAUUCAUCGACCCCAUUCACUUCACCAAACGCAAAAUAUAUACUUGAUGUCUCUUAUCUAUUGCUAACAAGACGAAUCGUGCUGUGUCUGUUCUAAAAACUAGAACAUUGAGAUAAGGAAGUACCACGGAAGGCCGCAUCGCAUGCGAGAACCCGUGGUUCCCGCAGAUACAGUAUGACACCUGAUGCAAAUGCAACUCAGCAGGGAUCUACAUCUCCAUCAUCGGCCCAGCGACAUGUGAGCAUCGCGCAUUCCACUUCGGAUGAUCGAGAGGAGGGCGAAAAUGCAAAUGCGACGGGUGAUGGUGGGGAGGGAGGCACUCCGGUUGAGCACGGAGAGGGGAGUGUAGGUGGAGGUGGAACUAGUGGGGGGGAAUCGUCGAAGAAGAGGAAGAUUCCUCCAACGGAAGAGAGAAGAGCGAGUGCAAGAGGCGUUGCGAAUUUAACGCCAGAGCAGUUGGCGAAGAAGAGAGCGAAUGAUAGAGAGGCGCAGAGGAGUAUAAGGCAGAGGACGAAAAAUCAGAUGGAGGGGUAUGAGAGGAGGAUUAGGGAAUUGACUAGCCAACAACCCUAUCAGGAGUUACAGCAAGUAAUACGGCAGAAGGAAAUGGUAGAGCAAGAGAACUUGGAUAUCAAGAAGAGGCUAUCGCAGGUCAUUGCACUUAUCACACCAAUACUUGGUACUCAUGGUCAGUAAUUGGGAUUUGAAAUUCCUCAAUUACCACCGCAGCCAAAUUAUCCUCCACCCAAUCGACCAAAUUCCGCGAAUCGCAAUGCAUCGACGCCUAACAGUAUAACCUCUCCCAACACCGGUGCAGGACCCUCAUGGCCAGUUUCUUCUGCAUCAAUGGCAGUUGCCCCUGCCCAAGAUUCUAGACCCUUUAUCCAAUCGCAACAAACCCAACAAUUAGCACAACAGCGAUAUGAAAUGGCACAUAAUCUUGAAUUGGGCCCCGAAAGACUUGGUCUAGAUUUCCUCCUUGACGAAGGACAGCGUGGGAAGAUACCCAUCCCUCCUCCUGGUCCACUAGAAACUACUGGAUUUCAACAGAUCCAAAGAUCGACUGAAAGUAUGAGUCCCAUACACCAGCGCAACAAUUCAACUGCCAGUAGUACAACGAAUUACAACACUCCAAAUCCUUCCUCGGUCUCAGGCUCAGGCUCAGAAUUAAACGGAUUUAGCGCUCCUAUUCGAAACGGUCCUCCUACAUGUCCUCUAGAUAAUCUCCUUCUGGAUUUUCUCCAGGAGCGUCAGGCCGCUGCCCUCGAAGGUCUACCCACGCCCAAACUCGUAGGACCAGCCUAUCCAUCUGUCUCUAGCCUCCUAAAUCCUUCUCGUGGCAUUACUUCCCAUCCCGUCUCAAAAGUUUUCACUGAUAUACUCGCCACUUUCCCAGACCUUUCCACUCUUCCCGAAAGAGUGGCAGUACUCUAUAUAAUGUUUCUCUUGAUGCGCUGGCAAAUUCAUCCCAGCCAAGCAAACUAUGAUCGUCUCCCCUCCUGGAUAACUCCUCGUCCUUCUCAGCUUUUCACUCCGCAUCCAGCAUGGAUCGAUCAUCUCCCUUGGCCAAAAAUGCGAGAUAUCCUCGUGAGAGAUUACAAUCCGCGGGAUUAUCUGUUUGAUAACUUUUUUAUCCCCUUUACGGGUACAUUGAGUCUCAAUUGGCCAUAUGAACCUACAGAUGCACUUCUAAAUUCUGGGAGUGGAAAUGGGGGAUCGGGUCUGGGGUUUAGCGAGGAGGGAGAGUUGUUGAUCAAUCCAGUUUUUGAGAGACAUUUGAGACGGUUGGAAAAUUGGAGUUUGGGACCACAAUUUGCGAGUGCGUUUCCGGGGUUGAGGGAUACAUUUCGCGUUAAGACGGAGGGGGAUAGAAGGUAGCGGAUAAUGGAAAUGCUUUGAGGUGGAAGGAAGAUUCUUGUAUAAAUAUGUUUUUAGGUUGGGAGUAAGGGUUACAUCAGAUGAUUGGGUAUCAAAUUGGCCCAUCGUAUAAUUUCAACUUGGGUGGUAAGAAGGAGGGAAUGGGAGGGAAUGGAAAACUAUGAAAUUAACGGCGUACUAGAUAUUUGUAUAUGUCUGUACGUUUGCAAGAAGUUCUACAUGUUGGGGGUCGGGUGGUAUGUUUGGAGAUGGGAUUUGGAUUUGGGUUUGCGUAUACACGAAUACGUGUGCAUUUUUUUUCUUUCUAACAAGCAUCUUAACGAAAAAAUGGAUAGAUACACAUCGUCGGCAUAUAUCAGUAUUUUAGUGGAUAUUAUUCCACCUUUCUUUCUUCUUCUUUUUCAUUUUCAUGGUCGCUAAAAAAGAUAGAGACAAAGAUACAGAUACAGAUGGCGAGGAGAUAGAAACGAAGAAGGGAAAUGAGAGAUAGAAAGAGGGGAAGGGCAACGAUGCAAGUAUCUAGAUGAUAAUUAUGAUUGCGAUGUGGGUAAUUCAUACACAAAUAGGGAGUAAUCAGUCAAGCGAUCAUGUCAUCAAAGAGGUUGAAUAUUGAAUGAAUGAACGAUGGAACUUUCGUCUCCUGCUUGCUUGUAUAUGUGUAUAUAUGUGUAUAUAUAUGAAUAUGUUGAGUACAUAGGUAUGUUACGGUAUGGUAUGGUAUAUUAUAAUAUAUAUAUAACCGAUGAAUAUCUAGAUUUCCA